AUGGUUACAUCAGUUGUUAAUGGCAACUGGCUUCAAUCAAUUCGAUUGAUACUUGAGGAAUGUAAACUUGCAUCAAAAGUUAAACAUAACAAUACUGAACGAGAUCGAGCUGUUGCUGAACGACUUAUUCAUGAAUCUGAUCGGCUUGAUCAAGAAGGACGAGGCACUAUUGAACGAACUUUAGCUGAUAUCAAUAAAAAAAACUUGGUAAAUAUCGAUAGUAAACUUGAUAAAAAGAAGCACUCAUAA